AUGUCCUAUCCAGUCAAGGAGUUUGCAGGACCCGAUCCAACCAGCGCAGACAUCAAAAAGACCUUCAAGUCCAAGAGCACAAGCAAGUACUUUGACCCUUGCGAAGAGUCAUCACGCGCUUCACUCAAGUGCCUUGAUAAGAAUGCGUAUGAUAGGGAAGCCUGCUCAGACUUCUUUAGAGCGUAUCGAGAGUGUAAAGCAAGGUGGAUGGAGGAACGUCGGAAGGACCGGAAGCUUGGCAUUCUUUGA